AUGUCAUAGUUACCGGUUGGAAGAACCGAUUGUCAUGUGAUUUUUUUUUCGAACUUUGUGUCGUGUUUAUUUCGAAUAGUUUUGUGUGUGAAUUAUUGUGUGAUAGCUUUUAACGAGUAAAAAACCAUCACGAUGGCGCCAUCUGUUGGCGUAUCUGAAUUCUUCGCGGGCAAAAAGAUUUUCAUCACCGGAGCCACGGGAUUUAUGGGAAAGGUUCUGAUAGAAAAACUCUUACGGUGUUGUCCAGAAAUUGAAAAGAUAUAUUUGUUGAUGCGACCCAAGAAAGGACAAGGCACUAAAGAGCGUCUUGAAAGUUUUAUUAAUUACAGAAUAUUCGACAAAUUGCAAGACAUGUCGCCGAAAGUGUUGGACAAACUGCAAGUGGUGCCAGGUGACAUUUUACAGGAUGAAUUGGGCAUGUCCAUAGCGGACUGGGACGAGCUGCAGAGAGAAUGUCAGAUUAUAUUCCAUUGCGCCGCUUGUGUGAGAUUCGACAUGUUCAUACGUGACGCGGUCGCAAUGAAUACUGAGGGCACAAUGAAAGUAUUGAAAUUAGCAGCAGGAAUGAAGAAGCUGGAGGUGUUCCUCCACGUGUCGACGUCAUACUGCCGCUGCGAGCUGCCCGUGCUGGAGGAGCGGCUGUAUCCUGCCCCCCACCGACCGCAAGACGUCAUAAAGUGCGUGGAAUGGAUGGAUGACGACCUACUCAGACACCUGACUCCCAAAUUAAUCGAACCACAACCAAACACUUACGCGUACACGAAAUCUUUGACUGAAGACCUGGUGUCCCAACACGUAGGAAAAUUUCCCAUCGCUAUUGCUCGGCCCUCUAUUGUAUCUGCCGCACACAAAGAGCCUUUGCCGGGAUGGGUGGACAACAUGAAUGGGCCUACAGGUCUACUGGUCGGUGCGGGUAAAGGUGUAAUACGCACAAUGCAUCUCAAUGAUACAUAUCUUGCGGACAUCGUCCCUGUGGAUAUCGCCGUCAAUGGAUGUAUACUGCUAGCGUAUGUCACUGCCAUAGAAAAACCAAAGGAAAUCAUAGUAUGCAAUGUCACACAGUCAGGAAUUAACCCCCUUACUUGGGGCCGCGCGCUCGACAUGGGUCGAGUACACGUGCAGGAGUUCCCAUUCUCGGUGUGCCUGUGGUACCCGGGCGGUUCGCCGAAGAGUUCCCGCAUACAGCACCUCAUAGCUCUCUUCUUUACCCACUUCCUACCAGCAUACUUCGUUGACCUGCUAAUGUUCCUCAUGGGGAAGAAAACUUUUAUGGUGAAAAUACAGAAGCGUGUCAACUACGGUCUGGAAGUGCUCCAGUAUUACACAACAAAGGAGUGGUUCUUCACGAACGAUUACUUCGUGUCGUUACGAGAGAAGAUAUCAAAACAAGACAAUGAAACCUUUUAUACAGAUAUGAAUCUGGUGAACUGGAGUAAAUACAUCAGGAAUUAUAUAAAAGGGGCUCGUGAGUACUGCUGCAAAGAAGACCCAGCUACAUUGCCACAAGCGAGGAGGUUACAAAAACAGCUUUACUUUUUGGACAAAGCGGUGCAGUUCGUCCUGUAUUCCCUCCUCGCUUACUUCAUAUAUUACUAUUUUAUACGAAAGAUUUUUAGUUAGAUUUAUUCUAUUAAUGUAAUUAUGUAUACUUCGCCAUUUUAUAGGGCAGGUACCGCUAUGACAAGUCGAUUACUCAUUCGAAUCGAUGACAUUACAUUUUUAAUAUAUGCACCGAAAUGAAAUGUAAAUCCAUACUUGAAUAAAUUAAUAAAAAUAUAUGUAUUAUACCUAUAAUAAAAUAAAAUUACUUUCCACAACAAAUGUUUUACGUCAACACCAACUGUUUCAUAUAAAAAUAAUUUUAGUGAUAUUUGUAUUUAUAACUUUAAGUGCCCGUCCUAUCACUGGCUGAU